AUGGCAGAGUUAGCCUCAGCCGUUCAGAGCUUCAUCGCUUCCAGUCUGACAGCAUGGCACCGCAUCGACACAGCUGUAAGCUCUAUCAAAGAUCCUCCUCGAAACGUCGAGCAUUGGAGAGUUGUGGGGAGUGUGUUGAAGGAGUCCUUGAGCCAAAUGGAGGAGAGGAUACGCCAGCGACAGAAUUAUAUGACAGCGCCGGAACAGAACCUCUGUAGAGCUAUCGAUAGAUUCAUCAGGGACUUUCUGAACGAUCUUGAACGAUUGGAGAGGACGAUACCAGUGAAGAAGGGAGGAAGGUACUGGGUGCAGCUGAAGUUGAGGUUGCAGGAUGAUAGGGAAUUGCUCACGCGACUUUCUCGCAACGUCCAGGUCUUCCAGGUAUCUGCUUCAGCACUAUCUUUAAAUAGAGUACACCAAUUUCUCGAAGGCAUCAGCGAUGACAACCCUGAGCAGCUCGACCCCGAUGAAGUAACCGAUUUGCACAAAUGGAGAGAAGCUCUCUACGAAGUCGCCGACAUUGCAGCCCAACGAGAAUUCCCCGACCCAUCACCUCAUGAUCAUACAUCAGAGCAAGGCGAAACACCAAGAAGACCAUCGGGCGUAAGCCCCAUAGAACUGCAGUACCGGUUCGAGGCCGCGGUAUCACGAGCGAAACGAAUGUACGAUGCCAAACUGCCACUCAUGGCGAAGAAGGCACAUGACGAAGCGAUAAAAUACGGUGGAGAGAUGCAGGCGAUUGACCCGAAUGCUAUUAGUGUUACCGAGCUGGUUGACAUGGAGAUAACUUAUGUGCGUAUCAUCAAAGCAUGUAGUCCAUUUGUGGACUCGUACGAAGCACUUGCGUGGGAGAGGCUACAGAACCUCAAGUCUAAUUUGCAAAAACACACUAGUCACGGCAAUAACGUCGACUUUUGUACCGAACAGGAGAAGGUCGGGGUUUUGUGUGCUGAACUGCGCGAUCGAGAGGGUGCGGUUGAGUUUUUGAGAAUGUCGCUGGGCGCUUAUUUAUCGAACCGUGAGGAGUACGAGGACAGGGUACCACGGAUAUCGAUGCUGGUCUGCGAACAGUACGAGUGUAUGGGGCAGUGGAAUAACUUGGAUGCCUUCAAGAAAGUCAUAUUCGACAAACUGGGCUACGAUCCGGCCUCAGAGCCAAAUGCCCUCGCUAACACAAUAAUGUGGUGUCGCCAGCAUGGGUACGAAGCUUCUGAGAUUGAGGGAAGACCAUACAUACCAGAGGAGAACUUUUUUGAGAGUACUCCGCUUCACGAUGCCGCUGCAGACUCUACCGUGGAGAUGGAGAUCGUCCAUCAGCUGAUACCUAUAGUCUACCAUGCGAGACCCGAUGCGAACGGCGAUACACCCCUGCUUGUAGCAGUACAGCACUCCAACAAUCUUGCGCUCCAGGCACUGCUACGGAUCUCCGGCUCGGUUCAUGUUUGGGAUUCUAAAGGUGGCACUCCAUUACAUCGAUGUGAUAACGAUGAAACACUGAGACUGCUCCUCGAAGAGAUCAAGAAGCCCGUUCACCAAUCCUGUCCCAACGAACAAGGAUUACAAUUAGUCGACAUAGAUUCGACAGACGCCUACGGCGAAACAGCCCUGCACAAAGCUUGCGAAAAAGGAAACGAGCGCAUGGUCGGCUUGUUAGUAGCUGAGGGCGCAGACGUUAACCUCGUGUCCGGGUCAAAUGAGACCCCAUUGAUGAUCACCUGCGUACCAUCUGAACUAAAAGGAAAGGGAAGAUUGAGUAAAGAACGACGGCGAAUUCUGGAAAUAUUGGUAAAUCGCAAUGCAGAUACAAAGCACAAAGAUGAUUGGGGAAAACCCGCUGUUCCAAAGAGUCUCAAGGCGAGGGGAUAUAGCGAGGCUCAAAUCGACAAGAUGCUCUCGCCAGACUUGACACGGAGAUUUACGAGGCGACGGGUGGAGGAGAGAUUUUCUGUUUCAUCAGGCAGUAGUUCCGAAAGGCCAUCCUUCGCAACACUCAGCGCCAUAUCAUCGUCGUCACCGGUUGAACUUGUUGGCGACAUACCUUCGCGACCAGCAGAGUUUCCCUUGACCCCAGUAUCGAGUUGUGUGCCGCCUUCGGGUUAUGAGUUACGAUCAGGUGGGACAUGGUCAGAAUUACAGUUAGCUGAGCUACCAGGGUCUACGCCUGUUGUGUCGGUCGAGCUGGAUAGUAGACCAGUGGAGGUGGUUGAGUCACCGAACCAGAAGUUCUUGAAAGAUGGGAAGAUGAAGAGUAUUAGGAGGAAGUUGAAGAUAUUAGGUGAUCGGUGA